AAAGCAGUUAUCAGCCUAAAACGGUACACUUUUGCAAGCCCAAAUGAGCACACUGGAUUAUGCUCCUGCAGCUACAGGGAUGUCAAAGAUACCCAGAUUUCAGCCUCAAUCUCACCCCUUACCACCUCUAGAGACCAACAAUGACAGAACAGGACAGAAGCCCUCCAGACUUCAGCAGCUUCAAUCCAACUAUCAACAGAAAAUACUCAGGGAAAAGGAAGAGAAACUCAUUAAUAUGUAUGAAGAAAACCAGAAGAGAGCUCUUCAAAAAAUGCAAACCAAGGGCUCCAUGAGAGAUUUCUUCAAACAACGUAGAGAGAUGGAACAAAAUGGAAAUAUUCAGCAAGCACCAACUAUGACUAACCAUUACAAGAAGAUGAGACAGGUUGGUUCUUCACCAACUGGAGGCACCUGGUCCCCAAACAGCAGACAACAUUCUGGAAGCUCCAUCAAUUCCAUGGGACGUGACAGGAGUAAACCUUUGGCUCCUAUUGACCGUAAUGCUCCAGUACCCCAGAAACCUCAAAGACAUGGUCGCCCAAAAACCAAAGAUUCCAUUGUUGAAGAAAAAAAGCAACAUUUUAAUGGGAAUAUCAAGGGUGCUCAUGCAAGUUCCAAUGGUGUCAGCUACAGAUCUGAGAGAUCUCCAGUGGGUGAAACCCCUCCUCCAAACAUGUCAAACCUGAAAAGUAUUAGAAAUCAGAAAAUUAACAGAUCUGGAAAACCUCCUUCUGGAAAACCACAACAAGCCAAGAUGUCAGACUUCCAGAAAUUCCAGAUGGAUCAGGAUCAGGCACGAGAAAAUAGGUUAAAGGCUCACAGGGAGGCACAAAGACAGGAAAAUUCAGGCUAUGAGUACGAAACCAGCGAGGAUGAGGCAGAUGAAAAUGAAGAAAAUAAUUACAAUCCUCAAGAGGAUAUUGCUAGGAAACAGCGAGAACUCAUGGAAAGAAUUGCUAAUCAGCAGGCUGAACUGGAGAGGAUCAGACUUGAGAGAGAACGGGAAGAAAUUGAGGAAAAGAAGGAAAUGGAAAGGAGGAGAAAACGAGAGGAGGAAAGAAGAAAGAGAAUGAAAGAGGAGGAAGAGAGGAGGAAAAAAGAGGAGGAGGAAAGAAGAAUUCAAGAAGAAGAGAAAAGAAUUCAAGAAGAAGAGAGAAGAGCUCAGGAGGAAGAGGAAUUUCAGCGAAGAGUUGCUGAAACAAGAGCCAACAGAGGAAACUCAUACAAUACAAGGCAGCCUUAUGAAUAUGAGGACCCACACUCAUCUCACUAUGAUGACAGAACUUACAGGAGGGAUUCUCCCGCUGAACAGUAUCAGCCAACACCCCCACCUAAGCCAAAACCAGUUAGAGUACAGAAAAGGCAGCCUCCAAAACAUGCUGCUCCUGUGGAAAGAACUCCCUCCCCACAGUUCACUACCAAUGAUAUUUCAAUGUAUGAGAAUGCUGCUAUGGAUAGUGAGGCUUAUGCAGGGAGCAAAAUCAAAAUGGCACAGUGCUCCAACUGUGGCAGGAAGUUUGCAGCUGACAGACUGCAGCGUCAUAGGAAUGCUUGUGGUAACGCAACCAAGAAGCGAAAGGUGAUGGACCCCACAAAGAUGAGAGUGGCUGGGACAGAAAUGGAGCAAUAUGCUGGUAAACACAGAUCCAAGACUCCUCCGAAGAAAUCCAACUGGAGAGCAGAGAGAGAAAAUUUUAUUAAGGCUCUCCGUUAUGCCAAGAAAUGUGCUGAAGUUGAGAAAACUGGAGGUGAUAUACGAAACAUAACUCCUCCACCUGCGGCUGAAAAUCCUAGCUACAAACAAUGCCCAUAUUGUUCACGGAAGUUUAAUCCUGAUGCUGCAGAAAGACACAUUCCUAGAUGUAAAGACCUUAACACCCGCCCUGCCCCAACCAGAAAGGGAAGGCGGUAAACUUAUUACUUCAAUUUGUAUUAUCUGUCUAUUUUCUGUAGAAGCGAGACAAUAUGGAUGACAUAAUGUUGUCCAAUUCUUGAAAAAAAGAUGAAAAAUGAGUUAUAAUUAUUGUAUUCAAUUGUUGAAUGACAGGUAAUUAUUGUUUUACAUGAACAUUUAAGUGCUAUCCUUUUGAGAGUAUAUGUUCUGAUUGAGUUGAACUGUUUAAGUAUGAAUAUUCCUACAGAUGCACUUUUUAAAAGAAUAACACAUUGGAUUGUAAUAAAUGUGGAAUGUAAUGGAAGUUUGAUUCACUGUAUUAUUUGUACUUGGUUAGAAUUGUAUUUAAUUUUUAUGUGUUUUUGAUUAAUCUUACUUACAUUAGCCAUAUUUUUAUGCCCCUGAUUGCCAAGAAGUAGUCAGUAAUUAGGCUGUAAUAUCAGUUAGCUCACAGAGUGUUCUAGAUAUAUAGCAUUUUUAAUUAAAUCAUGUGCUUAUAAAAAAUUUUAAAAUUACAAUACUGAAUGAAAAUACGUAGAUGCACCAUUUGAGAUUUUAAAAACUCACAUUAUAUUGCAUAUGUUUGAACUUGUUCCCAUGAUAUAAAUAUUUCUGUUCAAAGCCUAAAUUAUAUAGUUCUUCAUUGUAAUAGAUGUAUGUGUCAGAAAACUUCCAAAUAAACAGCCCAUAUUCAAGUAUUUAUAUGUUUCUUAAAAUGUUAUGAAUUAUUCAUGUUUGUCAAUUUUAGUUAAAUAAAUUUUGUCACCUACACACAAACCACAGAGAUUUCCAAUGAAUUGAAAAAAAAUUGUAAUUUGAGCUUUAUGUAAAAUUUCAUUCGCAUAUAUUGCAUUUUCAAUUUGACCCAUGUUGUGUUCUAUGAGAGAUACAAGAAUUUUGUUUUACACUAG